AUGAGUUAUCUCCUCUCAUACAUCUCCAAGAUGAUGUGCAUCAAGAUACCAUCGUCCUCGUCGGAGGCGAAGCGGCUCGAGGACAGCGGCGGCGGCGAGUGCUGCGUGUGCCUGUCGAGGAUCCGGGCCGGCGAGGCCACGCGGCGGCUGCAGCCCUGCCGGCACGCGUUCCACCGCGACUGCGUGGACCGGUGGCUCGCGCUGUGCAAGCGCACCUGCCCGCUCUGCCGGGUGCAAGUACUCCCCGAUGCUAACAGGCCAGCUGCGGCGGCAAAGCACGCCGGCGGCGACCAGCUCGCCGACGACCUCGUCAUCUGGUUCUCCACCAUGCUCGUCCCAGGAUUCUGAUACGUGAAAUUAAACUGUCUCUUCUGCCUUCCUCGCGCGCGUUUUCUUCUUUCGUCACGAUCGAUCGAUGACAUAGAGGUCUUACUGUGUCUUAAUUAGAUAGCGAAUGCUUGUACGUACGUACUUCCGCCUCCUUUUGCCAAUGGAUUAUUGCGGGUAGUUUUGUACUCAAAAUUUAAGAAAUGUGGGUGUAAAUAACAAGCUUGAUCUUCUAUUAUUAUUUUCAAUACA